GCCCAGGGUUAUGCCGGUUAUGCCAUGGAUACGUUGGCCGUUGUGCUUGCCGUGCUUCCUGUGCUUCCCAUGUGUGUGGGCCACUUGGUGCCAAUUGCCCAAGAACAAUUCCUGCAAGGGCCAAAGGCACGGCUUCGCGGCUAGGCGGCAGGGCUGCCCCUGGAUUUAUGCUGAUCCGGAAUUGGCGCUGGGGCAGAGGAGAACGGGUGACCGUAUGGUUUUUCUUGACUGGGACACGGACGGCUACCUGGAUGUGCUGGAGUUGUACUACAACCGGUUCCAGAUCGGGUGGUUCAAGCAAAUCAGAGACCACCACGAUAGUGUUCCCACCUUUGAGAAAGGAAUUUUGCUGCCUUAUAAUACAGACUACUAUAUUCGCAACUUUGCCGCGGUGGACUGGAACAGAGAUGGUUUCAUGGACCUGCUGAUUUGCGUGUAUUGGUCUCCUCGUGUGAUUCUUGUCAUGACGAAUGACGGGCAGGAUAGCUUUGGCUCCACCCAUGAGAUCGUUGGUAAUCUGUCAUCAUGCAACUUCCUGAAGGGCCUUGAUUUCGAUUCGGAUGGGGACGUGGACCUGAUUGUCGACACCCGCUACUUUGAGAGGACAGGAGAGAAUUCCCUUGAGGAGCGAACAGGUUCAAAGAACCCAUUGCAAAUUGUGGUGAAUCAUAAUCAGCUUAUUUUGGCAGUGGAGGACUGGGACAAUGAUGGUGAUCUAGACCUUUUGAUCGCUCGCCCCUUCAAUUAUUUUGACAAUGAGGCAAUCUACAAGCGCCAUCUCAUCUUGAUUGAGCAACUCUCAGAUGGGACUUUUCGAGAACCAGUUGAGAACCCCUUCCGUGGCAUCGAUUGGGAGUGGCACAAGUACACAGGAGGUGGCAGAAUGUACCUCGCUGAUUUGAAUGGUGAUGGCUUAAUGGAUCUCUGGAACGUGGGGUCUUGGAUGGGUGGCUGCGACUAUGUCUAUGAAUAUCCGCAUGUCAGGGAGGACCAGGUUCUGGUGGAACACCACGAAUCCUUUCCUGGAUCUGAAUCUUCGGGGAGGCGAAUUUCACUGGGUUGAUUGGAACGAGGAUGGGCUCAUGGACUUGGUGUCAUCUGGUACUCAAUGCAAUGGUGCCGCCGGUCACGGCUUGUCAUGUUUCGAGGCCACGGGCGCGUCUUUUCAAGGCCCAGGACCUGCCCUCCGCUAUUUUCAGGGGCAAGAAGAUGGUAGCUUGAGGGAAAACCACAGCGUGUUUGAGGACCUUGAUGUAGGCAGGUGCCGGAUCAGCGUGGCUGAUUGGGAUGGAGACGGACAUUUGGACUUGAUAGUGAUUCCGGGGUCUUCGGUCCCGGUCAACAUGAGCUUCUACCAGAAUCAAGGUGGAAAGCUUGUCUUGUCUCAUGACUCGGCUUUAUCUCAAAUCGAUGGCUUGGCAGUGAGAGAGAUUUCUGAUUGGACUUGGCGCGUGGAAGUCUCCUCGCAACCCCUGGCAGUCGACUGGGAUGAUGAUGGCUUCACAGAUCUCAUCCUGGCGCCAGAAGGGCGCUUCUUUCGCAGGAAACCUGGAGUGGAAAAGGAGACGUCCUUGAUCGAGGUGGCCGAGAAUCCCUUCAAAAGUUUUCCAAGCAGCGCGGCGACUGACCUUCAGUGGCGCUUGUUCGACUGCGACGGGGAUGGGGAUCUUGACCUCAUCCGCCUCGAUGAACGGCAGCAGAUCAAUGCCUGCGAGCGGCAAGGGGAUGGCCUCAACUGUAGCAGCAACUUCAAGUGCCUAGAGUGGGAGGAGGAAGGUGGACCGAAGAUCUAUGCCUUUGAUGUGUGGAGAGAGGGCGACAUCCUGAGUUUUUUGGGCACCCCGCUCGUACAGGAAAACAGGCCGCAAUUUUGGAGUCAAGGUUUUUGCUUGCCUGCACAACAGUGCAACGAGCAAGGACGCUGCGACAACCUCCGUGGAGUUUGCGACUGCGUUGGUGGCCAUAACUUGGAUGACUGCUCUGGCUGCCGCCCAGGUUUCGCUGAAGGACCGGAAGGACGCGGGUGCCAGGCUUGUGCUGCAGACCAUCGUGGAGUCACAUGCUCUGGACGUGGUAUCUGUCGUGAUGACCACUUUGCCCAGCACCAGUGGAACGUUUCCAACUCAACUCGGCCACUGAUGAAAGGAGAUGGACAUUGCCUUUGUAACGAAGACACCUUUGGCGGUGUGGAUGCAGCGGGGAAGGUCAACUGUCAGUCUGGAAGAUGCUCCGACGGCUAUGAGGAGGUUGUGACAGUGGAAGCGGCUUUGGUCCACUGCCAGCAAUGUCCAGCAGGCUCUUCAUCAGUUGGUGGGGCACAUUGUUCUCCAUGUUUGCCUGGGACCAUGGCCGGUCUUGGCAGUGCCACCUGUGAAAGCUGCAAAGCUGGCCAUUUCGCUGCUACGGUGGGAAGCAGCGAAUGCGAUCUUUGUCGUGCAGGAAGCUAUGCGGCAGCCGGCAGUCAUGAGUGCAGUCGGUGUCCACCGGGUACCUAUUCCAGCAUUGCUGCUACCAAAUGCACACCAUGUCAAGAGGGCUGGGUUGCAGAAGGUUGGGGAAACCCAACUUGUAAACCUUGUUUGGCUGGUACCUAUGCUCAUGAAGGGCGGCUUUGCCGACAGUGUCCCGGAAAUACGAUCUCAACCUUGGGCCGCAGCAAGUGCGAACCAUGUGUUGGUUCCUUUCUGCUGGCUUAUGCUGAUGCUGAGAGAGUGGCCUGCCAUGCCAGUAUGACGAGCCUUUUCUUUGGACUGAUGACCGCUGUGUGCCUCAUUAUGGCCCUGAUGCUCAGUGCAUGGCUGUGCUUUUACCAGCUGCAUAUUGAAGACCUCAGCUUGCAGGACCAUGGCCUUGUGGUGACCACCAGCCGGCCUCAUCGCCUUUUGUGGCGAUGGGGAGCUUGCAUCACCCUGAAAAACACCGGCAGUCAACCUUUGGAGGACCUCCAGAAACGAAGGCCGUACAGGGCUCGGACACUUUCAGGAAGAGAGUUGCAGUUGAUCCAUGAUGAAACCGUGGGACCAUGGGACACCACCAUGGGAUCUGUACGCAUUCAUUUUCCUUCGACGCUCUUCCACACGGGUUUCCUUCGGAUCCCUUCUCUCCUUUGGUUGAUCUUUUUGCUGAUCCCUAUGGUUGUCACUUUGAUCUUGGGCCAACUCCUUUUGCGGAUGUUGUUGCUGAUCAUUGCCUCGGCGGUGCUCAUCAGCUCCGUUCUGUGGAUUGCUUUCUAUUGGAUGAGCAGCAGGACUUCAUUGGCGCGAAGACAUCGGCUUUUCAGGGAGAAAUUGCAAAGGCUGCACAAAACACGCGUGCUGAAAAGCUGUCCCAGAGGACCUGAACGAGCCAUCACCAUUGGACAAGUCGGACAGCUUUAUGAGUUCUUCCAAUCCUUCAUCAAAGAUCGCUCCAUGUAUUACAUUUGCUCGAACCUGGUCAUUCCAGUCACAGAGGAUUGCAAGCUCUCUUAUGCAGAGCUGGUUGGACCCAGGCAGGUGAAUUGGUUCGUGAGCCACUACUGGGGCACUCCUUUCCAGGAGUUUGUCGCUGCUGUCCGACAUAAUGCGAAGUCCGAUGGAGCUGUGGACUGGCAGAGCACUGCCUAUUGGAUUUGCACAUUCAGCAACAAUCAAUGGGAGGUGGAAGCUGAACUUGGACAAGGUGACUAUCAUGAAUCUUCCUUCUACAAGUCGCUGCGCAGCGAAAGCUGUAAGGGGACAGUGAUGGUCUUGGAUGAACAGGCUCUUCCAUUGCGGAGGGCAUGGUGUUUGUUUGAGCUUCUUCAAACCAAACUCAUUGCGAGUGAGCGUGCGAGCUCUUUCCAAGGUCUUCUUCUUUGUACCUCAAGUGGAGUCCUUCGGAACGGUCAAGGUGGCAUUGAAAUUGCCAUGAAGGUGGCCACAUGUUUAGCCACUUUGGACUUAAGAGAUGCGAAAGCCACUGAUGAAAGGGACCUAGUGAUGAUCCAAAGUUUGGUGGAGAAAAUGCCCGGUGGCUUUCAUGCCACCAACGCCUUCGUACGGAAAUCCAUCCGGGACUGCCUGAUUCUUGCCCACCAGAACUUUGAGGUGGACUUUGGCAAAUUGCUCGAGAUCUUGAAUGAAAGCCUACCGGCAGAAGAUGCGCUUCCAACCCUGUUGUCAUCGGCGAGACCGACAGCGAUUGGAGACAAGAAGGAUGGCGAGUAGCUGGAAAAUGGAUGGACACAGUCAUAUUCAAC